AUGAGUUCGGGGAAUCCAACAGCCGACGAGCACGCAAUGAGCUCCCGACGGCCGAAGAAGCUGAUCUUCGCGCCCGGCGACAUCCAAGCAACUCCCGACCUCAAAGUCUCAGCCACCGAGACCAAAGAUCCCUCCUCACCCGCCCCCAAUGUCCCCGAGCAGAUCGCCGAGCAACUUCGCUCAGAUGUGUCGACCCCGGACUCCACGAUUGAGAGCCAGAUCGUCGCCCACCCGGCCCGUGCCCACCAGUUCGUGAGCAACCCGCCCCUGACAGUCUCCCAGAUGCAUCCGUCCAACCCGCUCCAUCAAUUCCACACCUGGUUCCGCGACCCGCGACUGUCGCCGUCCUCGGCCCCGGAAACGUGUACAUUGGCCACCGCAUCGCUGCCUUCUGGGCGGGUCAGCGCGCGCGUUGUCUACCUCAAGGAACUGGACGAGAGGGGCUGGGUGGUGUACAGUAACUGGGGCAGCCGAGAGGGCAAGGGCGGGCAGGUGUUUGGUGUGAAUGCGGAUGGCGGAGAUUUCCCUGGUGCGAUGCCCCGGCCCGGCGAGGACGAGAGUCUUCUCCAAGAUGUGCAGGGGGGCAAUCGGUGGGCUGCAUUGUCCUUCUGCUGGUCAGCGCUGGAGCGCCAAGUGCGUAUCGAGGGGAUGGUGGAGCCACUCAGCCGCGAAGAGAGCGAGUUGUAUUGGGAUACUCGAGAACGGGGCAGUCAGAUCGGUGCGUGGGCGAGCUGGCAGAGUAAGGUGCUCUGGUCGGCGGAGCCCGAGAUACUGCUUGAUCGGCGGCGGAAAAGCGUUGCGGCCGCGGCGCACGUUCAGGGCUCGACGCCCAUGUCUGGAUGUCCUCAGAUCCCGGCCGACAUUGACGAGACGGACAUUGAUGACGGGAGGGCCCUGCUUGAGCAGCGGGUGCAGGAGAUGGAGACGCGGUUUGCGGGAGUAGAGAAGAUCCCCCUUCCACCGUUCUGGGGUGGUGUGCGACUGGUACCCGAGUCAGUGGAGUUUUGGCAAGGCCGACGCAGUCGGUUGCAUGAUCGCUUCCGAUAUGUGAGAGUGAAGGAAUCAGACGAUGAUUCGUCGUUCCAAUGGCAGAUUCAACGACUUUCCCCAUAG